AUGGGUUUUCGUUUACCUGGUAUCAGAAAAACAUCCCAUGCUACAAUCCAAGCAUCUUCGAAAGCUGUGGACGUGCCAAAGGGCUACCUUGUAGUCUAUGUUGGAGAGAAAUUGAAGCGGUUCAUGAUCCCUGUAUCAUACUUGAACAAACCUUCCUUUCAAGAUUUGUUGAGUCGAGCUGAGGAAGAAUUUGGGUAUGACCAUCCAAUGGGUGGUCUCACAAUUCCUUGUGGAGAAGAUGUGUUCUUAGAUAUCACUUCUAGCUUCAAUAGGAGCUAA